GGGUAACCAUAACAUAACUUCGGUAAAAACCAAGCUGAGAUUGUAGACUCGAGUUUCUGGUCGAAGCAGACUAUGUUCAGCACUCGGUAUAACAGGGCAGCGCACCAAACCAGGAGCAGAAUAGAAUAAAUAAUUUACAAAAACCGAGACCACCAUGUAACAUUCGUUUAUUAAAGGUAGGGUCAGUUUAGAAGUAGUUUUAGAUCGGAUUAAUGUACGAGCAGUUAAAGCUAACAAUAUUAGCAAGCUAAUGUUAAUUCGGACUCAAGUUAAUUGUACUAGCAAAUGCAUAACAUGUUUAAUGUGGCCUGGCAAUAGACGCGCAAAUAUAUUUACAAACAUAACAAUAGUUAGAAAGUUUUGUUCACGUCUUGAAAUCAUGGCGUCGGUGCAGUUUGAUUGACUUUGGGCUGUCAAAAAGCUUGCUGACGUUAGCUACCCUGGCUAGCCAGCUAGCUUUCCUGCUGCUAUGGCCAAAAUAGAGAACGGCCGUCAAUCAUUGGACACAAGGAGCAUCAGGACUAUUAGCAGCAUUCAUAUUGACGAUGAAAGCUCUUUGGGAUCUGACUCAGAGAUCAACGGCUUCACCAGUGAAAGGCAAACCGAUAAAUAUGGAUUUAUUGGUGGGGCACAGCAGUACUCGGAGGAGUCAGCUCAAGAUUUGCCCCCAGAGGUGCUCAGACAAAGGGAGGUGAAGUGGUUGGACAUGCUCAGCCACUGGGACAAGUGGAUGAUUAAGAGAUUCAAUAAGGUGAGACUACGGUGCCAGAAGGGAAUUCCUCCUGCCCUGCGAGGUCGUGCAUGGCUGUACUUAUCAGGAGGGAAGGUAAAGAAGGAGCAGAACCAAGGAAAGUUUGAGGAGUUGGAUAGUCAGCCAGGGGACCCCAAAUGGCUUGACGUGAUUGAGAAAGAUCUCCAUCGUCAGUUUCCAUUUCAUGAGAUGUUUGUAUCACGAGGAGGACACGGGCAGCAGGAUCUGUUACGUGUUCUUAAGGCCUACACUCUCUACAGACCAGAGGAGGGAUAUUGCCAGGCCCAGGCUCCAAUUGCUGCUGUGUUGCUAAUGCACAUGCCUGCUGAGGAUGCUUUCUGGGGCCUGGUCCAAAUCUGUGAGAAGUUUCUUCCUGGUUACUACAGUCCUGGCUUGGAAGCUAUACAGUUAGAUGGAGAAAUUCUGUUUGCUCUGCUGCGACGCUUCUGUCCGCUAGCUUACCGGCAUCUGGAGAAACAUAAGAUUGAUCCCAUCCUCUACAUGACUGAGUGGUUUAUGUGUGCCUUCUCCAGAACCCUUCCCUGGGCUUCUGUGUUACGUGUCUGGGACAUGUUCCUCUGUGAUGGAGUCAAGAUAAUAUUUCGUGUGGGUUUGGUGCUGCUUAAGUGCACAUUGGGAACUCGGGAGAAGCUGAAGGCCUGCCAGGGCCUGUAUGAGACCAUGGAACAUCUCAGGGCCAUAGAUCCUAGAUACAUGCAGGAGGGCUUUCUUGUGCGAGAGAUUCUCGAAGUUCCAGUGACGGCGCGAGAUGUGGAAAGAGAGCAUCACUCUCAGCACAAACGCUGGAGGAAGAACCGUGGAGAAUUGAAUUUCAAACCUCCUCCAAGAAUGCAUGGCGCUCGCCUCAUCAUGUUGGCCGAGCCACCCAGGCACCAGGACCUGCAACAGAACCCCACUAUUGUUUUAGAGGUGCCUACUCCACAGCUGAAGAAGGACGAGAAGAGGAAGAGCAAGAAGAAGAAGAGCAUCAAGAAAUCCCAGCCCAUUGAGGAGAUCCUUAAUCCAUAUCCUCUUCCUGGUGAACCCCCACCUCCUCCAUCAUCCACUGAUCCACCAGCCCCACCACAUACCCCACCACCUGCCCCACCUGCAGAUGGCAGCGUGACGCCGGAGAUCGUGCCACAAACUGAAACAAACUCGCCUCACGAGCAGAGAGCGCCUCCCUCUGACCUUCCCCCUGCCAAAGAAUCUGUUCUUCAUCAAUCCACACAAAGCCUUAGCAGCACAGAGCAGGAUACAUACCUGUAGCUCCACAGGUGUGUGUGUAUGUGUGUGUGUGUUUGUGUGUGUGUGUAGAUGAAGCACCAGCACGCUAUGGUCCACAAACAGCCAGCCUUUCCAAAGUCCAUGACUGGCCAGCAUUGCUACAAUUAUUAUUAUUGUUGUAUUGGACCAUUUUGUAUUCAGUGUAAAACUACUUAAACGCUUUUGCCAUUUGUCAGCAUGAAGCUGAUGUUGCCUCUUGAUGCUCAGCAUUCUUAUUCAGACCAGAGGACUCAGUAUUUUGUUUGCAUUGGAGACAAGUUACCGAGUUGCUGGGAGCAAGAUAUUCUCCUGGUAUUUCUAGUAUUUCUAAGUCUGUAAUAAAAAGUGUUACGGUGCCACAGGUAAGGCAGUUUCAUUCAACACUGUUAAGUAGUAAUACAGCAGCAGAGGAUGUGAACUCCUGACACAAGCUCCAUGUUUUAACUUCUUAAACCGUUAUAGUUCAUUAGGGUGUUGGGUCACUAGGGGGCAGCCUGUCACUGGACCCAUUCCUGCUAGUUAAAAUGACCACAGCAAUGAUGUAAUUCAUUGAAUCGGUAGGGCGCUUUUCUGAAAUUAAACCUUUUUUUUCUUACAGGGAAACAGAUGUCUUAUGUUUUCUAAUCUUAAACUUGGAGGUGUCGCUCUGCAUUCUGUUCCAAGUCUUUACGUAAUUGAGAAAUGGUGUAAACAUGGAGUUUAGUGUUUGAGCUUGUUCUGCUAGUGCAAAUAGUCGCUCAUUUCAAUCUCAGCUGAAUUAUUGUGGUCAGAACUAUGUAUAAACUCCAGUUUUCACUGUGCCAGGCACUUCCAGCCACUUUACUGCAGCAGUAAUUCAUGUUGCUUGGACAGCAGAGGGGAGAACACUGAACAUUCCCCACUGUAUGACACAUUCCUGCCUUCUUAAAAGCUAAACAGUUUAAAAGAGAAAAAAAGAAAAGAAAAAAAGUCUUGCCAAAUACAAAUCUGUAUGAUGUGUAUAUUUGUUUAUCUGUUUCCUGUCAAACCUGGACUGUACAAAUCACCUAAUGGUGCUGACCUUCCUCUUGGCUCUACUUGAGAAUCAAUAAGAUGUUGUCUUACUUUUUGCUAGAAUUUCCAAAGCAAGUUAAGAUUUUAUUUUUCCUGAGACGAUUUAUAAACUCUACCUGUUACCAGGCUUAUUUUGUGUAUAUGGUCAAGAGGGAUUAUGAUUUCCACAUUUACUGGGAGAUUUGUAGCCAUUUUCCAAUGAAAAUCUGCCUCAUUUCUUUGGGAAACAUAGACAUCUAAGGGUUUUGAGGUUUUUUUCAUUUUUUUGUCACAAAACACGACAACCGUUUUUUUUGUUAUUCAUAAAAUUUCACAACAGUGGUAAAGGGAGAUUAGACAAACAAGGACAUACUGGGGAAUAUGUUUGUCUAAAAGUAAAAAAAAAAAUGCAUAUGCAGGUCAGUUACAAAGCAGUGGGGUUGCAGCCACACCUGUAUGCAAUACUCUUCAGUUGCCUGCAUUAAGCUUCUUACACAUUUCGUUUAUGUUACAUCUUAAUUUAAGGCUUUUUGUGUAGAUAUGUGUAAAAACAUAAUCUGUUUUUCUAAUGAAUUUCUUUUUCAUUAGAUUUUUAUUGAGCAGUCAAAGAAACCACACAGGAUACAUCUCUGAACUCUGAACUUCCCUAUAUUUAGAUCAGUAUUUGUAACACUAGAAAAAAAAACAAUUUAUCUGGGAUUUGGAGGAAGUUCUGUCACUAGUUUUUCUUUUAAAACUCUUAAGACCUUUUGGUAUUAUUUUACCACUUACACUAGGGUUAUGCAAGAGAUAUUUGACAAACAGUGCUGGAGUUUUAUGGUUAUAAGUAAAAAUUUGGAUUCAAUGCAGCUGACAAUGUUUAUGUUACAUGUUUGUUUGCCAUCAGCCUGUAGUUUGUGCAGUUUCUUAUAUUCACCAGCAGAUGGCGCACUAAAGUCAUACCUUCGAAAUAAUGGGUAACAUGAUAAAAGGCUUUGAGGGUCUCAACAUGCCUUCAGUAAUGUUAUUUUUUGUGUGUGUAUCAUGUUGCACCACAUAAAAAUAUGACUCAGUGGCUGAAUUAACUACAUAUUUGUGUUUUUGGAUGUCACAGCUCUACUUCAGAAUAAAGCUCUAUAAAGACA